UACAAUGAGCCCAGUGACAGGCAAUGCAGGAUAUAGGCUGUAAUAUAGUUAAAGCCAGUCUGGGCUGGGAUGCUCCUUGGCGUGUAGGCGGCUCCCCGUUCGCCGUGUGCAGUGUUGUGACCCCGCCGGGCCGCCGUACACGGCAGGUUUCUCAGUAGGCGUGCGGCGGCCAGACAUGGCGGAGGCCGGGCAAGUGCUGCGGUGUACGCGGGAGGACCAUUCCCUGGAGCGGCUGCGGGAUGACUCCAUUCCCACGGAGACCUCAGCGGAGCAGAAAAAAGUGGAGAGUUCUGUGGGCGCCAUUUACACUGCGGUCAGAACCAGCCGAACCGUCAUUCAACUUCGCCUAGAGAGAGAGCUCCACUCUCACUACCUACGGAAAGGACUACAGCAGCUGUCUGAUUCCUACGAGUGCCUGGAUGCCAGCCGUCCCUGGCUAUGUUAUUGGAUUGUUCAUAGUCUGACUUUACUAGAUGAGCCCAUUCCGGAAUCUGUGGCAUCAAAUGUUUGCCAGUUUCUUGCACAUUGUCAGACCGCUGGUGGUGGCUUUGCUGGUGGCCCCGGUCAGCAGGCUCACCUGGCGCCCACGUAUGCUGCAGUUAAUGCUCUAUGCACCAUCGGCACAGAAGAGGCAUACAACGUCAUUAAUAGAGAAAAACUCCAGGAAUUUCUCUGCUCGUUAAAACAACCUGACGGCUCUUUCAACAUGCACAUUGGCGGAGAAGUGGACGUCAGGAGUGCUUAUUGCGCUGCCUCUGUGGCAUCACUAACCAAUAUUAUGACCCCCAAGCUGUUUGAUGGCACUGCAGAAUGGAUUGCAAGGUGCCAGAUUUGGGAAGGUGGCAUUGGUGGCGUCCCUGGCAUGGAAGCACACGGCGGCUAUACGUUUUGUGGAUUGGCAGCCUUAGUAAUUUUGAAGCGGACGCAUCUACUAGAUCUAAAGAGCUUGCUGCGAUGGGUUGCAUUUAGACAGAUGAGAUUUGAAGGUGGCUUCCAAGGCCGCUGCAAUAAGCUGGUGGAUGGCUGCUACUCCUUUUGGCAAGCUGGUUUAAUGCCUCUCCUUCAUAGAACCUUGUAUGCAGAAGGGGAUUCUGCUCUUAGCCAUACAAACUGGAUGUUUAACCAGCACGCUCUGCAAGAAUACAUUCUCCUGUGCUGCCAGUGUCCCAGCGGUGGAUUAUUAGAUAAACCUGGAAAGUCAAGAGACUUCUACCAUACCUGCUACUGCCUGAGCGGUCUGUCUAUGGCGCAGCAUUACGGCAGUGGUGAAAUCCUCCACGAAACGAUCAUCGGAGUACCAGAAAAUUCAUUGAAACCUACACAUCCGGUGUAUAACAUUGGACCCGAUAAGGUAGCCCAUGCCAUCAUGCAUUUUAUGGAAAAAGAGAUUCCAGACAUGGCAAACUGAAAGCUAGAAGAAUAGUCAAAGGACUAAUGACCCUGCACUUAGUGUGUACCACUAUAUAUGCUACCAGCUACAACAUGGAGGGAAGCCAUUUUUCCCACUAGUGAAAGGUCUGAAUAGUGUCCGCGUACACCACGGCUUUCUUACUGUCUGCAGAGAAAGAUCGGCGGGCAGUGUGAUGUGGCGAUUGCUUGACGGCAAAUCCAUAGUCACCGUAACCCCAAUACACCUUUUUCUAUUAAUACGCAUUAAACUUUUGCGAUCAUGAAACUUG